GGGUAAAAUGGGAAAAACGUAGGGACGCUAACUACCAGUAGGGUGACAAAAGUAACUCCCUUAUUGUAAUGCAUACUGAAUUUCACUUCAAUCGUCUUCUGCCACAGUGAAAAUCUCAUCCAGUGAGAAGCUGUUGUUUGGAUCUGGAGUGAGAUCAACCAAACCCUAAUUGACUUAGAAGGAUGACCGAACUUUUUUUCGAUGACUUUUUUAAGGUUGAGGGUCUAAACCCAUAUAACGAAAAGUAUGACAAGGUUUCUCGGAUUGUUGCACGAAGUGAGAAGCAUAACAUGUACAUGCUGCUAGAUGUAAAUACUGAGAUUUAUCCUUUAAACAUAGGCGAAAGAUUCUUGUUGGCUUUGUCUCCAUCGCUUGUUUUAAAUACUAAGGACGGCCCAGUUUCAAUUCAAGAAAAGUUUGAAUACAUCAUGCACGGAAGGUUAUAUGACAUUACAUCUUAUGGUCUUUCAUUAUCUCCACCGGAAGUGGAAGUAUAUGCAUCAUAUGGCGGACUUCAGAUGAUGCUGAGAGGGGAUCCUUCCCACUGUGUCAAGUUUGCGGUAGAUCAGAACUUGUAUUUGCUUAUUAGGAAAGCGUGAAAGUUGAACUGUUGAAUGUUGAUAUUAUCUCCUGGCUGUUGCAUACAUCCAUUAGUGGCAUUUUUUUGCGAGAUCAGCUUUCUGUUUUGAGUGAUUCUCCGAAAGCUUUUCUUGAGUAUAUUGAUUUUUUAGGCAUGGAAAUACUAUAAAAUUUCAAAAGUUAAUUUAAAGAGAAAAUUACAUCGACC